AUGGCGUCUUCGUCCUGCAUCGCCUUCUCGUACGACGACCUCGGGCUGCCUGUCGUCGCGAACGCGCCCCGCUCCGCGCUUCCCGUUCCCUCUGCUGCUGGUGCAUCCGCUCCAGUUUCCACCGGGACGACGAUCGUGGCAGUUUCCUUCCAGGGAGGCGUCGUUCUCGGCGCCGACACGCGCACCUCUGCCGGCAGCUACGUGGUCAACCGCGCCGCCCGCAAAAUCAGCCGAGUCCACGAGAGAAUGUGUGUGUGUCGCUCGGGAAGUGCAGCCGACACGCAGGCAGUUACCCAGAUCGUCAAGCUGUACAUACAGCAGUACGCGCAGGAACUUCCGAAGGGCGAGGAGCCCCGAGUCGAAGCUGCGGCAAAUGUCUUUCAGUCUCUGUGCUACCAGCACAAGGACGCGUUGACUGCUGGACUCAUUGUCGCCGGCUACGAUAAAGUUAAGGGGGGUCAAAUCUACGCCAUUCCUCUGGGAGGUGCUCUCAUGCCCAUGAACUACACUGCGGGGGGAUCCGGUUCGGCGUUCAUCAGCGCGUUCAUGGACGCGAACUUCAAAGACAACAUGACGCAGCAGGAGGCGGUCGAGCUGGUGAAAAAAUCCGUUGCGUACGCGAUCUCCAGAGACGGCUCUUCCGGCGGCAUGAUCAGAAUUGUCGUCAUCACCAAGGACGACAUGCUCGAGGAAUGCGUGGAGGGGGACAAACUGCCUGUCGCCCCGUAA